CUUGGAGUCCCCCUGCUCUGGACGGCCGCACCGCUUCGUCUGGCCUGAGAACACGCUGCAAAGCCCUCUCUGCUCUACACACUGCCCACCCUGGGGGUCCUGGCCAUCCCCAGCUGCUCUGCUUGGUAACCGAGCCAAGGAGGCUGCUGCAUUUGCUGGUCUGCUGCCUCUCUCUCCUUUGGCUGGCCCAUUAUUCACUGUAGCGCCCAGUCCAUACGCCUGCCUGCCAUGCCCAUGGGCAGCCUCUCUGCUGUGCUGUUGCUGGCCACAAUGGGCCUGUGUGUCAGCGAUGAAGCCAUCCACUGCCCACCCUGCUCGGAGGAGAAGCUGGCUCGCUGCAAGGCACCAGUGGGGUGUGAGGAGCUGGUGCGGGAGCCUGGCUGUGGGUGCUGUGCCACCUGUGCCCUGAGCAAAGGGACGCCCUGUGGGGUUUACACUGCCCGCUGUGGCUCGGGGCUCCGCUGCUACCCACCCCGGGGGGUCGAGAGACCCCUGCACACGCUGAUGCAUGGGCAGGGGAUCUGUACAGAAUUGUCCGAGAUCGAGUCCAUCCAAGAGAGCCUGCAGCCUCCAGAAAAGGAGGAGAUUGAUCACCCCAACAACAGCUUCAGCCCCUGCAGCAUCCAAGACCGGAAAUGCCAUCUGAAGCAGCAGGCAAAAUCCCGUGAGCGGGCCAACAACGGUGUCAAGAUGAGGAAUACACACAUCCGGGAUGAGACAAGGCCAAUAGCGCAGGGUUCCUGCCAGAGCGAGCUGCACAGAGCUCUGGAGAGACUAGCUGCCUCCCAGGGCCGAACUCAUGAGGACUUGUACAUCAUCCCCAUCCCAAACUGUGACCGCAAUGGGAACUUCCAUCCGAAGCAGUGUCACCCGGCUUUGGAUGGGCAACGUGGGAAAUGCUGGUGUGUGGACCGGAAAACAGGCGUCAAGCUGCCAGGCUUUCCUGAGCUGAAAGGGGACUUGGAUUGCCACCAGCCAGCUGAUGGCGUGCGAGAGUGACCCCAUGGUAAAAGGGGACUAUGAGAUUUCCUUGGCGACCUGCUGAGGCUGAACAAACCCAUUGGUGCUGUCUAGGAGUGGGAAGGAAGGGACACUACCACAAAACAACUCCCUGUGCCCAAGCGAUCCCAGGCUGUACUCUCGUCCCAGUCAGAAUGGCACCCCCAUCCUGCAAAACAUCGCUUCCCUGCUCUGCAGCUGCUACCUGCCCCUUUUUGAUCCUUACUUUGAACCUACCCCCAGCUCUGGGCAUGGACCUGGGGGCUCCUGCCUGCCCCAGGCUACAGGCCGGGCUUGGGUUAGGCACAUGUGCCAAAAUGACCACUAGCAAUGGACACCACAAGGGCUUUCCCAUUUGGGACACCUCCUGUCAUCCUUUCCCCCCUUCCAACAGCCUUAAGGGGGAUAGUCCCCUCCCCAGCCUUUCCCACUUUGCUCCAGCCCAGGUAGCUGGGGAAAGGUUUCUCUUGUCAAGGGACAGCUGGGGGCUCUUUGCCAGGGCACAGAAAUUAUGGUAGUGGCUGUGGUGUCUGCACAGCCUCCCCUAUCCCCCUGCAUGCUCUGCUCCCCAUGGCUGCUAAGGGAGCUGUGGAGUCCCCUGCACAGGUGUGGGGAUGUGCUGCAUCUAUUUUGAGGGAAGCAGGGGCUAUUUUGAGAUCACUAUGCCAAAGUUCAAAGAAGGAGAGCAACAAAAAUAGCCUCCAAGUCUUGGCUGCCACCAAGCAUUUGGCAUACAUUACAUACUGGGUUAUGUUCCUACUCAACAAGGCUGCAGGGCUGUUGUGUUCUCAACCCUGUCUCCCACCCCACAAACUGUUUUUAAUGUGAUCACACCAUAAUGGGUGCAAGGAUUUCCUAGUGUCCCACCCCCUCUCUUCUAUGUCGGCAUAUUGCCAGGGCUAGUUUAAAGCAUAGGACCUAGAUGCUCCUGCCCAUGAUCUAGGUCCUGGAUCUAGGUCAGGUCAUUGCACCAGAGCCUCAGCUUUCCUGGAAAGAAAAUGGUGUCCAGCUGUCGUGGGUUUUCAGAAAGCAGCUCAAAAAUGUGACCCAGGUGUGAAGGAUGGAUGCAGCAGCAUCUUCCUGAGUCUGCAGACAGCCUGAACUAAGAGCUCUGAGAAGGGGAAUGGCUACAUUCAUCUCAAUGGGGUGUUGACUCCAACACCCAUCAUUUUGACUUCGUUAGCCCCCACAGCAGAGUGGCAGGAGGAGACAAGUAUGGUGAGCCUGGUUCCCUUCUGUCCCAGGCCCAGUAAGCACUGGGAUUUCCUUACCACCACGCCUACCCGUUGUGGGGGCAGGGGAACAUCAGCCUGCCCAAAGAGAUGUAUUAUAGCAGGUGCCAGCAGACAGCACUUGGAUGGGUGACAUUUGCCACUGUUGCCUGGGUUGGGGUGUCGGGGGUGGAAUGGGGAUGUCGUGUCAAAGAAACCUCCUUGUUCCCUGGCUGUCUUUAUCUGGUCCAGCCUGUUGCCAGACAAGGCAGCAUGUCUCCAUGUGAAUGCAUGUGUGUAUGGUGAGCGUGGAGGUACAAGUGUGGAGGUGGGUAGUAACUGCUUGCUGAUCUACAGCUGGUGGCAGUAGGGAUGAGAACAAGGAGACACCCAAGAAAGUCUCCAGGGAGGCAAGGGAGUCCCAGUAGGAGGAUCCACCUGUAAGAAGCCCUUCCUUUCCCGUGUACAGUAUAGUGUUUUUCCCUAAGCCCCAGCUCCUGGAAAAGACACUUUGGGCCAUCCUGGCUCUAGAGAAGAGCAUGAAGGUGUAACUCAGCUGUUCCCUAAAGUUUCAGCAUCCAGGAGACAUGUAACAUGAGCCCUAAAUUUAGCUUUUUUUUUUUACUCUUGUGCUUUUCAAGCCAAUCUCAUGAUUACUGGGUGGUUCUGCCUCCUGUUUCUGGAACACUUAGGAUGGGCCAUAUGGGUGCAGCCAUCUAUAUUUCAGGAAAUGGUUCCUGAAGGUCAUUGUCAAAAGGUCAUCAGGGCCAGAACUUUCUGAGCUGAGGUUGGCAUGAAGCAGCCUCUCAUACCACCAGCUGCAACCCCAACCUUACUUAACUCUGGGAAAGUCCCCAUGCUGGUCCCUCUCCUGGUCCCUCUCCCUAUAACAACUCUCCUGCAGAUCCUAGUCCAGGGCUCGGUAACAUUUUUGGCUUGAGUGCCAAAAGCACCCCAACCCUGACCCAUGCCUCAGCUUGGAGUGCCAGGAGCAGACCACAGGGAGUUGCGAGGGGCCCAAUCCUUGUGGCUGGGGCUGGCUGCAUGUGUGCCUCCGGGUAGACGGCAGAGGAGGGGCUGGGGUUGCACUGUCCCAGGCCCCACUCCUGCCAUCCACCUAGUGGUGUGUGUGCACUCACCACUGCCACGGAGCCUGGCUGGGGCUCUGGAGCCUGGUGCUGCUAUUUGCAGCCUCCCGGCUGCCUUCUGUGAGCAGCCCAGGCUCCAUAACCAGUGGCAGCGUCCCAGAGCCCAUGCCAAUUGUAGUGUGCCGAGCAAAAUGGCCUUGCAUGCCAUGCUCUGAUGCCUGCUGACCCCUAUCCUAGCCCCAUCACAGUGCCAAACAUCAGCACUCUGUAGCCAGGACCUCUCUCGCCUAAUCAGCCUGAAAAAAAAGAUCCCUUCCCUUUGCUUCAGGCCAGGUUGUCAGGGUAAGCAGAAGACAAGCAGAAUGGGGCUGACCAACCCCAGGUGUGCAAGGAUAUUGGGGGUCCCAGAAUGAGACCCACAGCAGUGUUGCAGAGUUCAUUUCCUUUCUUAGAAGUGAGAUCCUUUCACUAGUGAAAACCAGCACACACUGCACUGGCCUCUGCUAGUUUGCAUCAGCUCUGGGUACCCCUCACUAUCCCGACUGCGUCCGUCCAUUCUUGGAAAAACUUCCCUCUGUUUUAACUUCUCCAUAGCAGCAAAGAGCCAUUUAGAAAGAGCAAACAAUGAUUGAUGGCUGGAGAAUUUUGAGCCCAUCCUGGAAGCAGGCUGGAGCCCUGAGCUGUCAGCAGCCGCUCUCUGUUGACUUGAGAGUCAGGUGGUGAGUUCUGGCUGGCGUAUUCAUUUGCAGUGGGUUUAUGCUGGGCACUGGGGGUGGGGGUGAGGGUGUGGGCUGGAGAAGUGCUCUCCUUGUACUGGAACAGUUGUGUGCCGGGCCUAAGAUUUAUGGUCUUGCCUCACUGUCCUUCCAAUGUUUUGACUCGGAGACC